CUGCUAUCUGGAGCCGAGCCGCCCGGACCGGUUCCUCAUUGACUUGGCCUGUUAUCGUGCAUAAUGCCUCGCGAAUUGUCAAAUAAAAGGUCUCUGAAGCUUUCACGUGAAAGAACAUGUCACAGACCCAAAUUAGUGAUAGCUGUACCGUGUUUCAGGCAAAAAUAUUUUAUGUCAAUAUGUAACUUCGUGUUUGGAGUUAGGGGAAAUGUGUGCUGCCAUGUUGCUUCUGCAGCCUUACUCAUUCUACAGCAUCCCUGUUCUUGGAGGGGGAUCCCUUAGUGUGUUUUGAUACCCUGUUCAUGCACUCUGUGUUCCUCGUUUGCUUUUCGUUCUGUUGCUUUCUCCCAGAGGUAUUUAUCUUCCAGUAGUGAUGCUGUCACCUGUGUUCUUGUGCUGAAAUGAGAAAUUUGAAUAAUCUGAACAUUCUGAAUCAUUCCCUACUUUCCAAACUGUGACCACAAUCAUGGCUGAAAUGUAUUUUUUUUGCCACCUUUUGAAACAGUGGUUUUGUUUUCGUUUUGACAUAUUCUACUCAUGGCAGUGAAUGUCACGUCCCCGUCUUACUGAGCAUAAAGCCAGAUAAGAGGAAACAGGAAAUAUAGCUCCAGUUCCUCCAGUUACAGUUCAUUGCCAUGAAAAGGAGGAUAUGAUAGUUUGCCCUAUGAAACAGGUUUAUAUGUGAAAUCUGGCAGGUAGCACAACGACCUGUGGAAUAUGAGUGAUGACAAACCCUUUUUAUGUACUGCCCCUGGAUGUGGCCAGCGUUUUACCAAUGAGGAUCAUUUGGCUGUCCAUAAACAUAAACAUGAGAUGACACUGAAAUUUGGUCCAGCUCGUAAUGAUAGUGUCAUUGUGGCUGAUCAGACACCAACACCAACUCGAUUCUUGAAGAACUGUGAAGAAGUGGGCUUAUUCAAUGAAUUAGCAAGUCCUUUUGAAAAUGAGUUUAAAAAGGCUUCUGAAGAUGACAUUAAGAAAAUGCCUCUAGAUCUGUCUCCUCUUGCAACACCAAUUAUAAGAAAUAAAAUUGAAGAACCUUCAGUUGUAGAGACAACUCAUCAAGAUAGUCCUUUACCUCAUCCAGAGUCUACUACCAAUGAUGAAAAGGAAGUGUCACUGCAGCAGACUGCACAGCCUACAUCAACAAUAGUUCGUCCAGCAUCGCUACAGGUUCCUAAUGUACUGCUUACGAGUUCUGACUCAAGUGUUAUUAUUCAGCAGGCAAUACCCUCACCAACUUCUAGUACUGUUAUCACCCAAGCUCCAUCAUCUAACAGACCAAUAGUUCCAGUUCCAGGUCCUUUUCCUCUGCUGUUACAUCUUCCUAAUGGACAAACCAUGCCUGUUGCUAUUCCUGCAUCUAUCACAAAUUCUAAUGUGCAUGUCCCUGCUGCAGUUCCACUUGUUAGACCUGUCACCAUGGUGCCUAGUAUCCCAGGAAUCCCAGGGCCUUCCUCCCCACAGCCAGUGCAGUCUGAGGCUAAAUUGAGAUUGAAAGCAGCCUUGACCCAGCAGCACCCUCAGGUAACAAAUGGAGAUACUGCCAAGGGACAUGCAAGUGGGUUGGUUAGGAGUCAGUCAGAGGAGCCACGACCACAGUCACUACAACAGCCUGCAACUUCAACAACUGAAACCCCGGCAUCACCAGCUCAGCCUACGCCACAAACACCAAAUCCAGGCGGUCGGCGAAGAAGAGCUGCCAAUGAAGACCCUGACGAGAAAAGGAGAAAGUUCCUGGAGAGAAACCGGGCUGCUGCUUCCAGGUGCCGACAGAAACGGAAAGUCUGGGUGCAGUCAUUGGAGAAAAAAGCUGAGGACCUGAGCUCACUAAAUGGCCAGUUACAGAACGAAGUCACCCUGCUGAGAAAUGAAGUGGCACAGCUGAAACAGCUUCUUCUGGCUCAUAAAGAUUGCCCUGUAACUGCCAUGCAGAAGAAAUCUGGCUAUCAUACCGCAGACAAGGACGACAGCUCGGAGGACAUCUCGGUGCCCAGCAGCCCGCACGCGGAGGCGAUCCAGCACAGCUCCGUCAGCACCUCCAACGGCGUCAGCUCCACCUCCAAGGCGGAGGCCGUGGCCACCUCGGUGCUCACGCAGAUGGCGGACCAGAGCACGGAGCCCGUGCUGGCCCAGAUCGUCCUGGCGCCUCCCUCCCAGGCACAGCCGUCGGGAAGUUGAUUAAAAACUUGCGGCGCAUCGGUUCCUUAGAUACGCGUCUGUGACUUUAAAGGGAAACCAACAACACACCAGUCUCCAUCUAGGAGAAAUUGUAGCUUCAAAUUAUUGAUUUUUAAAAAUCCAACUUAAAUUUGGCUUUAACGAUUGGCAGGUGGAGAUAAGACAGAACACCAGUUCUAGUCUCUUUGCAAAAGACUUUUUUUUUUAAGUAUUAGUUUUACUAGUUAUUUUUUGUGCUUAAUGUGUAAAGUGUGUGUACAGUACGAUGUGGUUUAUUUCAUUUUUAAUUUGGUAUUAUUUUAACAAACAUUGGGGUGAAUUACUGAAGGUCAUCCCCAAGACUGUGAUAGGAAUAUUAUGUGACAUUUUUAUACCAAAGUUCUGCAUAGUCCCUAUUGACUUUGUAAAGCUAGCAAGGUCAUAAAGCACUAGGCAAGAGAAAGACAGUAACAGUAAAUUUGCUUUUAGUCUUUUUGCCUUUUUGUUGUUUUGCACAUUAUGAGAGGAAGAACAUUGGAAGAAAAACGUUUGGGUUUUUUAUGUAUAGCAUUUUGGUUGGCUUUUAACUGUUGGGGUUUUUAAUUUGUUUAAUAGGGCCAGUACAGUAUAUGAGAUACAGUACUUAUGCACAUACCAAUCCUAGAUGAGGAUCAUUACUAAAUAGAUUUGAUUUUUUUUUAAUUGAUAUCAGGUGGGUUUUUUCCCAUUCCAACACUUGGUUCUGGUGGGAGGAGAGCUUUAAUUCUCCAGUCAGAAUAGAUAUCUAUAACCACCCCUUGUUGCAAGGCUGAAACCAGUAAGCAUAUUGUAAAAUACAGGGUUAUCAGAUAUGGAAUACUUGGUAUUCCAAAGUAGGUUGAUAUUUUGUGGAUUUUUGAGUCGCAGACUAAGGAGUUUACUCAUGGUUUUGGAUGCCAGAAAAGCCUAAAAUCCUUCUUCAGACAACUCGACUUUUUUUUUGUCAUUGUCUUGUAUUUGCAAGCUAACUUGUACUUAAUUCUUGUGUAAGCACUGUCAUCUUUUAGUAGCAAAAAUUUUGAUACCUUUCUUGUGGAAAAAAAAAAUCAGUAUCUACCGUAUCUUGGAAACAAUGUAAUUAUAAUGUGGUGUGUGUGGUGUGUGUGUGAGAAUGGUUCAGUAGUUAAUGCCAGCAGUCUUUUGCUUGAAUGUUUAAAGAUGCCUUCAAUGUGAUGCUGGCUGAUAGGUGAUUGCAGUUUUAAAAUGUUAUUUACUGUGCGAACUUGGAUAACUAACAUUCCAUGAUGUAGUUUGUUUCUGAUGAGAUGAUUGUAGGUACACUUUUUCUCAUUAUCCAAUCAUCUGUAGGAUAUUGAGUUUUUUAAAUGUGCCAUUAUCUAUUUUGAUUCUGUACUCAUGUUCAAAAUACAGUACAAUAUUUUACAAUAGAUUAAGUUGUUUUAAAAAAAGUAGAUGUGUGCUUUCAGGUCGGAAAACUUUGUAUAAUAGCAAAAACAGAUGCAUAGUAGCAACUGGCAGUAAAGCAGGAUUCCAUUAUGUAUAUAACAAAGAUUUAAUGCAUUUAUAAUGGGUUGUGUAGUUCAUUUGCUCUUCCUUCUCCACACUAUACCAUGCGUUUUUAAGUGUCAGUGCCAUCAAAUUUCUAUUUGGUUCAGUUUUAAAUCUAAAAAUGUAAUUGAUCCACAGGAAAAUAUAAUUUCUGCAAUAUAUAUACAACCAUACUGUAAUGAAAACUGGACAAAGAAGUAUCUAAGUCAUAUAUGUAUCAUUGCAGGGCUUUAAGCAUGAAAAUAUUAGGGAUUCUAAAUAUUUUGUAUUUUAAAACUAAAAAAGUUGUGUUGAUAACCUCAUGUGUUUAAAAGUCUUACUUUCCCAAUUUCAAGAUAAAAAGCUGUAACAGUUAUUGAACGUUUCCAGGAUGGUUAAAUACAAUGGACCUCUUGCGAGAAAGAAAUGAAUUGCAAAGGCACAAAAUACGAAUUCUGCAAGAAAGCUCUACAGUCACUUUUCAUUGUAGUUUUGGUGGAGUAGGUGCUGCCUCAUUGAUUAUACUAUAAUUUGCUCUCCUAAACACAAAGGCUUUUAAAUCAUAUAAGUGGAGUUUUUUUAUAACAAAACUGUUGCGCUUGUAAAAUAAGUCUACAUAAGUGUAUAGGAGAUGUGUAAGCAGUUAAUUUAACAGUGGGGCUGGAAAAAGAACCAUUAAAAUCUGUGUUCAGCAAAUAGAGAAAAGGUAUUAGCCGUACUACCAUGGAUUCCGUUUUGAGACGUUGUCACACUACUUCUGUACUUAGCAUUCUGGGUCUUUACAUUUGACAUGUUUCACAAACUGUACUGUUUUCUUUUAUGUGCAGUUUGCAUGAGUAAAUCAUCAAAGAGAAUAAAAUCUAUCUUUAAGUUA